AGAUAGUUCUACCCGUUUGAAGGUGUGAUAAGUACAGUCGACCCUGGAGUACCCUGGAGUCACGUGUCGGGACUGGUGACAAGGGUGGUGUUCGGGUAGAUGUGACACACUAGGAGUUUCAGCAUGUCCGUCUCCAUGUUCCACUCGGGUGUCUACCCAUGUAGUGUGGCCGUGGUACUGAUGAGCUUGGUCACUGUAUCGUAUGCUGACCUCACGCUGAGAAUGGUCAAUGUGCUGUACCGACAUGGAGACCGCAGUCCUAUCAUGGUGUACCCGACAGACCCGUAUAAACUGACAGCACCCUGGUGGCCUCAAGGUCCAGGCUGGCUAACGCCGAGGGGGAUGGAACAGCAAUGUGAGCUCGGCCAGUUUCUUCGCAAAGAGUACGGACAGUUGCUGAACAGUACUUACAUACAGUCAGAGAUCCACGUACAGAGCUCGGAUGAACAGCGCUGUCUGAUGUCAGCUUACUGCAACCUGGCAUGUCUAUAUCCACCUACAGGUAGCCAGGUGUGGAAUUCCAACAUCAACUGGCAGCCCAUUCCUGUUCACACUCGGCCUAAAGAAGACAAUAAACUAUACAUGGGGGCGCCGUGUCCGCGCUAUACAGAGAUGUUUAAUGAGGAGCUGAUGUCAGAUGCAAUCCGACAAGAGGAGACAGAGAAUGCGGAGUUUUAUUCUAUGGUUGUGAACAACACCGGGGUGUCUUACGAGAAUAUUUCCAUAAUCUGGGGAAUAGCUGAUACUACAUUUUGCGAGAGAGCUCACAACUUAUCUCUGCCAUCAUGGGUGACUGACGAGGUCUACAACAAGCUGCAGAGUCUUUCUGGCUUGUCUUUCAACCUGAUGUUCAACAGGACUGAGAUGAGUCGUGUCAUGGGAGGUCCGUUACUGAAAGAGAUGUUGAUGAAUAUCAACUCCACGGUACACGAUCCAGGUAAUCAGACCUACAAGAUGUUUAUGUACUCAGCGCAUGACGUCACCGUGUCAGCGCUGCUGACAUCACUGCAGGUGUUCAACAACAUGCAGACGCCGUACGCCGCCGCCGUGCUGCUGGAGCUGUGGUACGACGACCACAACCACGACUACAUGGUCCGCCUCCGCUACCGCAACGACACCAGCGUCGAGCCCUACAACCUCGUGAUUCCGGGCUGUAAUAAUUCUUACUGUCCGCUGACGGAUUUUGUGAAGUUUGCUCAGACCAGGAUUCCUGCUGACUGGGACGCUGAGUGCGGCAAUACCAGGCCCACCCCUGGGACAUCAAGCAACAAUGAUGAUGCCAAAACGACUGUGACAGCUCUGGCUGUUGUCACUGCUGUCGUCAUCCUGCUGUGUUUGGGCCUCAUUGUCUUCAUCGUCUGUCAACGAGGCCGACGUCAGGCGAACUUUGGUUGAUAGAAGUCGGGGACUUAAUGGUGACAAUGUCGGAACUUACUGAUCUUGGCCAAAGAACAAUUCUAAAAUAAAUAAAAAAUUCAUGCCACGA